GCGGCUGCGUCUCAGCUCUGCACAACCAUCAUCAUCAAAAGCAAGGCCGGCUCGUCGCGAUGGCCGCCUCCACGACCAGCGCCGCGGCGCAGACGCCGCACCACCUCGUCGUCGGCGCCGGCGUCUUUGGCGUCUCGACGGCGCUGCACCUGCUCGCGCGCGGACAUGCCGUGACGCUCCUCGAGCGCUCGCCCGACGGCCGGGCUGCCGUCGACGCUGCGUCCAACGAUGUGAACAAGAUCAUCAGGGCCGACUACCAGGACAAGCACUACGCCGCGCUGGCGAAGCGGGCCAUCUCGGCAUGGCGCACCUCGCCGCUCUAUGCGCCCUUCUACCACGAGGUCGGCCUGCUGCUGCACUCGGGCCCGCGCCCGCCCAAGGACGGCCGCGCGUACGUGCAGAACGGCAUCGCCCGAGCGCACGCCGAGGUGCUCGAGUCCGACGGCGCCGGCGUGCCCUUUGUCGAGACGCCGGCUCCGGGCUGCGAGCUGCCGCCCAAGGCGCGCCAACUCAAGUCGGACGCGGACACCGAUGCAUGCUUUCCUCCAAGCCUGCGCGACCAGCUGGGUGCGGCACUGCGAGACAUGGGCGGCUCUCAGAGCGCCUACGUCAACCCUCGUGCAGGCUGGGCCGAGGCCGGAAACGCGACGCAUGCUGCGCUUCGCGAAGCCGUCCGCCUCGGCGCCCGCGUCGAGGGCAGCGCAGUCGUCACGAGCCUGCUGCGCGAGGGCGGCAUCGUCGUCGGCGUACGAGCGGAGGAUGGACGGGAGUGGCGCACGCAGCAGGGCGGCAAGGUCGUCAUCUGUGCAGGUGCCUGGGCACACGAUCUGCUGCGCCGCCUGGGCGCACCUGCACCGCACCCCUGCACGCCUUCGGCGCAGAGCGUCAUCCUUCUGCAGCUGGACGACGAGCAGCGUGCCGCCUUCCGCAGCGCACCCGUCGUGCUGAACUUCUCGACUGGCUUCUACAUCUUCGAGCCAGACGAGCACGGCGUGCUCAAGUGCGUGGGUGCUGCUCACUAGCGCUGAUGACAGAGCCAGCUGAACCGUUCUCAUGCAGUCUGGCUGGCCGCUCCCUCGUCCUCCAUUGCACGCCGCCUCCUCUUAUCCCGGCUUCACAUCGAGCGCGGAGCCUGGAAGCAUGCCUGCAGAUCAGAUCGAGCGCAUGCUCGAAGCACUGUACGACGUCUAUCCGAGCUUGCGCAGCGCAGAGCUGAUCGGCUCGCGUGUCUGCUGGUACUCCGACACGCUCGAUGAGAACUGGCUCAUCGACGAGCUCGAGGGCACGCAAGGACGUGUAAUCGUGGCUGGCGGCGACAGCGGGCACGGCUUCAAG